CAUGAAAAUGUGGUCGCAUUUUGAGGUUAUCUCGUAUCUCUUAUCACGUAAACAACUACAACGUUCGUGUACGGCGUAUCUCCCAAGUCCCAACCUCCACUACGUUGUUGGAUUCUUUUCUCUUUCGGAUAGAGUAAUUUAACAUAUAUACAAGAUGGCUCCGAGUGGUAAUAAUAUGAUCCCUAACGGGCAUUUCCACAAAGAUUGGCAGCGUUACAUUAAGACCUGGUUCAAUCAACCUGCUCGUAAAUACAGGCGCCAUCAAAAGCGUAUCAAGAAAGCCAAAGAGUUGGCACCUAAACCAGCAGCAGGUCCUUUGCGUCCUGUCGUUCACUGUCCAACGCUCAGAUAUCACACCAAAGUCCGUGCUGGCCGUGGAUUCACGCUCCAAGAGCUCAAGGGAGCUGGACUAAAUAAAAAUUUUGCUCGUACUAUCGGUAUUGCAGUGGAUGCAAGACGUAGAAACAAGAGCGUAGAGUCCUUACAAGUAAACAUUGAACGUUUGAAGGAAUACCGUUCCAAAUUGAUUCUGUUCCCAUUGAAGAGUAAAACGAACAAGAUCAAGAAGGGUGAAGCGACGGAAGAAGAACGCAAAACCGCUACACAAUUGAAGGGAACUAUAUUGCCAAUCAAACAGUUUGUCAGCACAGAACCUGAAGCACGAGCAAUCACCGCUGAAGAAAAGAAAUUCAAUGCUUACAACGCUAUUUGUCAAGCAAGAAUUGAAGCUAAAUUAGUUGGUAUCAAAGAAAAGAAGGCAAAGGAAGCUGCUGAAAAUCCCGAAGCUGCGAAAAAAGCAGCUGCUGAUAAAAAAGGAAAAGGCAAGAAGAAGAAGUAAACUGUAUAUUUUGUUGUUUUGACUUUUUUUAAAUUAAAUAAAAAAAUCAGUCGAAAACUUGACAA